GAUUAAAGACACAUCUUUUUAACCUAGCCUAGAUGACCUAGAAUUAAGACUUUAAAACUAAAAAUAUAAUAUAGCUAUCAUAAAAUACAUACACCACACAAUACUAUUAUUGUUUGAUUUUGCAACAAUAGAAAAAUACAACUGUAAUAAAUGUAUACAUUUAAAUUAAAACAUGAUAUACAACAUAUACAAAGCAUGAAAAAACAUAUGCAACAGAAAUAUAUUAAAUUAAUUCAACUAUAAAAACUAUAUAUAUAAAUUAUAAUAAACACACAUUUUAAAUGAAUCAUGAUAAUAAUUGAAUCAAUGAAUUCAAAUGCCACGUCGGGACAGGACCACAGGAAUCAAGCUUUUUUCUCCUUUAGGUCACAGAUAGAGUUUCGGUUCCUUGGCUCUGGCUUGCAGGGAUACUGUUUACUGAGGUGGACGAUGACCUCUCUGAAUUCAAUGAUGGAAUCCUUCUAACUGAAAACUAGACUGUUUAAUCCUGUCAUCCAUCACUGACUCUCUAUUCGCCCGUUUGAUACUUGUUCAGUGCUUUGACACGAUCUGUACUGUUAAAAUAUAAAUACAGGUGUGUUUGGUCAUAGCCAUGCUGUAUUGUAAAUAAACACACAUCUAUUGACCAAUCAGCAUCAAGGACUGCAAAAUUAUAUGUGCGUAAUAAUUAAUUUUUUUGUACACACACACACACACUGUAUGUAUUUCGAUGUAUUAUUGUAGGCGUGUGUUCCUGUAGGCUACGACGCACGUCUCCAGCCGAGUCCGUGUCACGCUUUGUGUUUCCGCGGAUGGUCCUCCCUCGUCCCUCCCCUCGGCUGUCUCUGCCCACUCCUCCGCCAUGCACUGACCCAGACUCCGCUGCGCUUCAUCAUCACCGCCAUCAUCCUCAUCGUCAUCGCGAACAAUAGAGCGAGCGCUGCAGGCCCGAUCACACGCGCGGAUAUAACGAUGAUCAGCGGCGUCUGAAGCGCACGGAAUAAACGCGGCAUCGCUUCAGACUCGAGCAAUCGGCGAAGAUGGCGAACGACUCUCCGGCGAAGAGCCUGGUGGACAUCGACCUCGCCUCUCUGCGGGACCCUGCUGGUAUUUUUGAGCUGGUGGAAGUGGUCGGCAAUGGCACCUACGGACAAGUGUACAAGGGUCGACAUGUCAAAACCGGGCAGCUGGCGGCCAUCAAAGUCAUGGACGUGACUGAAGAUGAAGAAGAGGAGAUUAAGCUGGAGAUUAACAUGCUGAAGAAAUACUCUCAUCACAGAAACAUCGCCACGUAUUACGGCGCCUUCAUCAAGAAGAGUCCUCCAGGACACGACGACCAGCUGUGGCUGGUGAUGGAGUUCUGUGGAGCCGGUUCAAUCACAGAUCUGGUGAAGAACACUAAAGGGAAUUCACUGAAGGAAGACUGGAUAGCAUACAUCUCCAGAGAAAUCCUCAGGGGUCUGGCUCACUUGCACGCUCAUCACGUCAUCCACAGAGACAUCAAGGGCCAGAACGUGCUUCUGACGGAGAACGCUGAGGUCAAGCUAGUGGACUUUGGUGUCAGUGCUCAGCUGGACAGAACUGUGGGCCGCAGGAACACCUUCAUUGGGACGCCCUACUGGAUGGCCCCUGAGGUCAUCGCCUGCGAUGAGAACCCAGACGCCACGUACGACUACAGGAGUGACCUGUGGUCCUGUGGUAUCACAGCGAUAGAGAUGGCGGAGGGCGCUCCUCCGUUGUGUGAUAUGCAUCCCAUGCGAGCGCUCUUUCUCAUACCCAGAAAUCCUCCGCCCAGACUCAAGUCCAAGAAAUGGUCUAAGAAGUUCUUCAGCUUCAUCGAGGGCUGUCUGGUGAAGAACUACACUCAGCGGCCACCCACCGACCAGCUGCUGAAGCACCCCUUCAUCAGAGACCAGCCCAACGAGAGGCAGGUGCGCAUCCAGCUGAAGGACCACCUGGACCGCUGCCGCAAGAAGCGCGGAGAGAAAGACGAGACUGAGUAUGAGUACAGCGGGAGUGAGGAGGAGGAGGAGGAGGCUCAGGAGCAGGAGGGUGAGCCCAGCUCUAUUGUGAACGUGCCGGGCGAGUCGACUCUGCGGCGGGACUUCAUCCGUCUGCAGCAGGAGAACAAGGAACGCUCGGAGGCCCUGAGACGCCAGCAGCUCCUUCAGGAGCAGCAGCUCCGAGAGCAGGAGGAGUACAAGAGACAGCUGCUGGCCGAGCGACAGAAGCGCAUCGAGCAGCAGAAGGAGCAGAGGAGGCGUCUGGAGGAGCAACAGAGACGCGAGCGAGAGAUGAGGAGGCAGCAGGAGCGAGAGCAGAGGAGGAGAGAGCAGGAGGAGAAGAGACGCCUGGAGGAGAUGGAGAGGAGGCGCAAAGAGGAGGAGGAGCGCCGAAGAGCAGAGGAGGAGAAGAGAAGGGCUGACCGCGAGCAGGAGUACAUACGCCGGCAGCUGGAGGAGGAGCAGAGGCACCUGGAGAUCCUGCAGCAGCAGCUGCUUCACGAGCAGGCCAUGCUCCUGGUGGAUGAGCGUCACCGCAGAAGUGCUCAGGGAUCUCCUCAGGCCGCGGUCCUACAGAAGCAGCCUCCAGCUGUACCCCCGCGGUCAUCUGAGCCCUUCUCCAACGGCAGCAGCAGCAGUGACCCGCAGGAUCUGACGGCGCUGGCUAAGGAGCUGCGAGCGGUGGAGGACGUCCGGCCCCAGCACAAAGCCACGGACUACUCCUCCUCCAGCGAGGACUCGGGCACCACUGACGACGAGGACGACGAGGAGGUGGACCAGGACCAGGGAGAGGAGUCGACCUCCGGCCCCGAGGACUCCCGCGCUGGCUCAUCCAGACUCAGUAACGGAGAGACGGAAGCAGCCAAGACCAUGGUUGUCCAAGACAACGACGCGUCUUCUACGCCAUGCAAAGACAGCACGCUGGUCAUGAGACAGUUCCAGAGAGCGGGGCCCAUGGCAGUGCUGGGCUCCGGCUGGAGUCCCAGUCCUGUAGAGUUUGGGCAGAGGAACUGCAUGAGGGGCCGAAACCCCCUGCUGCCCGACCUGCUCCAGCAGAGUCCACGCUCUCCCCCGUCCUCGUCUGUCCCCAGCAGCCCUGCCCUGUCCCCCCUCAGUCCCUCGGACAGGGUCCCUUGCCUAUCCGAGACUCCCACCGUGCCGAAGCACAAGUCUUCCUCGUCUUUCACGCCCUUCAUUGACCCACGUCUCCUCCAGGUCUCUCCCUCCACCGGCAGCGCUCUCAAUAAUGCUGGUUACAGUAAUGAUGCCCGGCUGCAGGAGGCUCUGAGGCAGGACGCGUCACGUAAAGGAUCGGUGGUCAACGUCAAUCCCGUCAACACAAGGCCCCAAAACGACACGCCAGAGAUUCGCAAGUACAAGAAGAGGUUUAAUUCAGAGAUCCUGUGCGCUGCCCUCUGGGGAGUGAAUUUGCUGGUGGGCACCGAGAGCGGCCUCAUGCUGCUGGACCGCAGUGGUCAGGGCAAGGUCUACCCGCUCAUCAGCCGCAGACGCUUCCAGCAGAUGGACGUUUUGGAGGGACUCAAUGUGCUGGUGACCAUAUCAGGAAAGAAGAAUAAAUUGCGGGUGUACUAUCUCUCCUGGCUGAGGAACAAGAUCCUCCAUAAUGACCCUGAGGUGGAGAAGAAGCAGGGCUGGACCACAGUAGGAGACCUCGAGGGCUGCGUGCACUACAAAGUCGUGAAGUACGAGAGGAUCAAGUUCUUGGUUCUGGCUCUGAAGAAUUCGGUGGAGGUGUAUGCCUGGGCUCCCAAACCCUACCAUAAAUUCAUGGCUUUCAAGUCCUUCGGCGAUCUGGUGCACAAGCCGCUGCUGGUGGACCUCACAGUUGAAGAAGGCCAAAGGUUAAAGGUCAUCUACGGCUCCUGCUCUGGCUUUCAUGCUGUGGAUGUGGACUCGGGAGCUGUCUACGACAUUUACCUGCCCACACACAUUCAAACCAGCAUCCAGUCGCACGCCAUCAUCAUCCUGCCCAACACGGACGGGAUAGAACUGCUGGUGUGCUACGAGGACGAGGGCGUGUACGUCAACACCUACGGCCGAAUCACCAAAGACGUGGUGCUGCAGUGGGGCGAGAUGCCUACGUCCGUCGCAUAUAUUCGCUCUAACCAGAUCAUGGGCUGGGGAGAGAAGGCUAUAGAGAUCCGCUCUGUGGAAACGGGACACUUGGAUGGAGUUUUCAUGCACAAAAGAGCUCAACGACUCAAGUUUCUGUGCGAGAGAAAUGACAAGGUGUUCUUCGCCUCGGUGCGCUCCGGGGGCUCGAGUCAGGUGUACUUCAUGACGCUGGGACGCACCUCUCUUCUCAGCUGGUGAAGAAGCGCCUGACGCUCUGAGGACUGACACACACACACACUGAGGAGCGGCUCGAGUAUCUACAGUAUUAUUGCUAGUCUGUGUAAAUGUCUUUCUCUAGAGUUUAAUAAAAUCUGACUCCGCUGAGGGGAACGCUGCUGUCGUGUCUCUCGCUCACAAUGGUGAAACACUAAAUGGCUUUUUUUUUUGUCAUGCAUUUUUUAUUUAUGGCUUGUAUUUAUUUCUAGGUUUGUUUUGUUAAAUGGGUUCUUUCUGAGCAGAGUAGUUCCAGUAAUGUGCAGGAUUCCUCAGAGCAGAUGCAGACCGCUCAAACACUCUGUUAGUGACGACUGUCCUGUGGCUCUCCUUUUCAUCAUCUUGUCUGUCUCUUCUGCUUUCUUUUUUUCGUUUUGUUUUUAUAGCUCUUACCCUCUUUUUCUUCUGCCACGUGUCGGAUGACCGUGGUCUUGAUCAUUUUAAAUCGGGCAUCUCCACUGCAUCCAAACCUCAAGUGUUGACCCUGACCGUCGUCAUCUUUUAAGGAGCGUCUUUGAGAAACCGUGAAGGAAAACUAGUUCUGCCAUUUCAUGCAUUGGACCUGGAAACAUCUGGUCUGUCCACAUCCAGACCAUAAACCUGGCCUUUGAAUCUUUUGUAUGUUUCUUUGUUUGUUUUUUGUGUGCUUGACCAAUACAUUUUGUAGAUACUUGGAUGUCAUCACCAUCACAAAUGGAGGACUGAUGAAACGCUACCUUCAGUCGGAUGUGAAAGACCAUCUUGGUCGUGGACUGUGAUUAUUAUGAGUUGAAGCUCAACUGUGUUUAUUUAAUGAAAGGCAGGACUACGAAUGAAAGUUCAGAGACGCUGCUUCCGGUGCUUUUGUUCUGUCUUCUCUCUCACACACAUACACACACAUUUGUGGUUUAUGGGGACUAGUGUAAUGGUUUUUAUACUGUACAAACCGUAUGUGUUAUUGUCCUACACCUAAACCUACCCCUUACAGGACACUACUGAUAUUAUUAGAUUUUCAAAACGUCAGUACGUUUUUUUUAAGCCUUUUGAAUUAUGAGGACAUUGGCAGUGUCCUCAUUAACCACCUCCAAAUUGUAAUACUACACAUUUGCGUCCCUAUAAACCACACACACACACACUUCUGCUGACUGCAGUGAAUCUGCUGGAUGAUGUCUGUUAUGAUUACUGGAGGUAUUUUCUCUGUUUAGUUAAUCUCUCCCCACACACAUUAUAGAUUAUAUGUUCUAUAAGUUCUAUAUUUAUGUUUCUUGUGUUAUUUAGCAUUAGAUCAUUUUAAGAUUUCAGCAAUGCUGUUGAAUUUCAGUGAGAUUUGUCAGAAGAAGGAAGCUGAAUCGUGCCAGUGGCAAACACUAAGAGUGAAGCAAACGUGUUUAGAAAAGCCACGAAAGAAAACUGCUUUGUUUUUAAGCUUUAACUUUGAGAGUUUCUCAGUUCUUCAUAGAGUUAAACACAAUUAGCGAUUGUGAUGUUUCAGUUCUUGCCCUGAUAUAGUGACCUGAAGUAAAUUCACCUGGAAAAAAGAAAAGAGGUUUAAAUGAGCAAAGUUUUGUAAAUCUGAUGUUGAUUACUGUGUUUUAUUUGAAAUUUUUUUUUUUUCUUCCAGCCAUAAUUCUUGUUAAUUAAUGGGUGAUAAUAAUCCGGAUGGUGUUUCCUCAGCGCUGCUUUGACUUUCUGGAGCUGUUCUUGGCUGACUGGUUGUCUGUUUUCAGUCGUGGCACUGUAACGUAUGUCCUCUCUCUAUAUGACAGGAAGUCCUGUAUUUUCCUGAUGGUCCUUUGUUUUUCUUUGGAAAUAAAUUGGGUUUACUUUAA